CUGGUCUUUGGUCAGCUAGUUAUCUAGUUUAAGGUUUCCCGUCGGAGUCUAUAAAAACGAAGAAAUUAAGGAGUCGUUUACACCAGUGUUUUCUUGGAGUUUUCGGUAAUGGCAAUCGGGUACGUGUUGUCUCUUGUUUCCAUUAUUGUACUCUUGGUGAGAGCUUUGGCCAUAGAUGAAACCUCGGAUUUGAGGAGGUCGGAGUACGGCCUUAACACUUUGAGCAAACAUGCUGUGGAUAACCCGGAAGAAGUGGCAAGGAUGGUUCAAAUGGAAAUAAGGAACAGCACUGAGAGGCGUAGACUCGACAGCACCUCUGAUUGUAGGACCGGCAACCCGAUCGACGACUGCUGGCGCUGUGCUGCUGGUGACAGCAUCUGGCACAACGACCGCAAGCGGCUGGCAGACUGUGGCAUCGGCUUCGGUAAAAAUGCCAUUGGCGGCAGAGACGGCAAGUACUACGUGGUCACGGACCCAGACAACGACGACCCUGUAAACCCACGGCUGGGCACCCUACGGCACGCAGUCAUCCAACCCGAGCCCCUCUGGAUAAUAUUCGAACGAGACAUGGUGAUCACCCUGAAGGAGGAGCUGAUCAUGAACAGCUACAAGACGAUUGACGGGCGUGGGGCAAAAGUCGAAAUCGCCCACGGCGCCUGCAUCACGAUCCAGUACGUGACGCACAUCAUUAUCGAAAGCAUCAGUGUUCGUAACUGCAAGUCGACGGGGAAUGCUAUGGUGCGGAGCUCCCCGCAGCACUACGGGUGGCGCACCAUGGCAGACGGGGACGGGAUCUCCAUCUUCGGUGGGGCCCACAUAUGGAUUGAUCACGUGUCGCUGAGAGAGUGCACCGAUGGGCUGAUCGACGCGAUCAUGGGCUCCACGGCCAUCACCGUCUCGAACUGCUUCUUCUCCCACCACAACGAGGUGAUGCUCUUGGGGCACAGCGACAGUUAUACCUACGAUAAGAUAAUGCAGGUCACGAUUGUCUUCAACCAUUUCGGACAUGGCCUUAUCCAGAGAAUGCCAAGGUGUAGGCACGGCUACUUUCAUAUUGUGAACAAUGACUACACUCACUGGGAGAUGUACGCCAUAGGCGGGAGUGCAAACCCGACCAUCCUCAGCCAGGGAAAUCGAUUCAAUGCAUCUAACAAUCCUUACGCCAAGGAGGUGACAAAGAGAAUUUACGGAGAAGGUAAGGAUUGGCACUGGAUGUCGGAGGGGGACCUGAUGUUGAAUGGAGCGUAUUUCACAGAAUCUGGCAAGAAAAGUGGGUACAGCUACGCCAGAGCAUCAAGUGUAUCAGUCAAGUCUUCCUCGCUCGUUCCAGAUCUCACCAGAAAAGCCGGUGCCUUUUAAUGAUAUAUCAUAAUAUUAAUAAAAGUAUAAAACCAACACAAUUUCUUCAGUCCCAUCUCAUUUCAAUCUAUUUAUAGCAGCUACCCAUUGUUUGUUGUUGGCAUGAGUAUUAUUAUACAUA